AUGCUCAUUGCUCCUGCCAGCCGGAGCAGCUGCAGGCAGUACCACCAGCCCUGCGGACAGCACUCACAGAAGCCCAGUGUUCAGGAUGAUGAGGUCAUCGUCCCACUGACACAUUUAGAACACAUCAUUGGCCCUGAUAUUGCAAAUGAAACAGAGUGGCAGUUGCAUACUCAACUGCAUGCUUCCUCCAUCUUCACAGUGCUUCUCCUUCUUGAGGGAGGGUUGUUCUCCUCUUCCUCUCCUCCCUCCUCCAGAAUGCUAGAGAAUAUCUUCCAGUACAUCGAUCUUCAUCAAAAUGAAUUUAUUCAGUCACUUAAGGAAUGGGUGGCCAUUGAAAGUGAUUCUGUUCAACCCCUGCCUCACUUCAGACAAGAAAUCUUUAAAAUGAUGGAUAUAGCUGCAGAAAAGCUUCGACACUUAGGAGCCACUGUAGAUUCAAUAGACAUGGGAUAUCAACAGCUAUCUGAUGGGCAGAACCUUCCAAUACCUCCCAUUCUUCUAGCUGAACUUGGUAAUGACCCGAAGAAACCCACAGUGUGUUUUUAUGGUCACUUGGAUGUCCAGCCUGCCAAAAAAGAGGACGGGUGGCAUACAGACCCUUUCACCCUGGUAGAAGUCGAUGGAAAGCUUUAUGGACGAGGAGCAACAGACAACAAAGGACCUGUUUUAGCUUGGAUUAAUGCAGUGGGUGCCUUCAGAGCCCUAAACCAAGAUAUCCCAGUGAAUAUUAAAUUCAUCAUUGAAGGAAUGGAAGAAGCAGGUUCAAUUUCAUUAGAUGAGCUGGUCAGAAGAGAAAAAGACCGUUUCUUCUCCAGUGUUGACUAUAUUGUCAUCUCAGACAACUUGUGGAUUAGCAAGAAGCCGGCACUCACCUAUGGAACCCGAGGAAACAUAUACUUCACUGUGGAGGUGAAAUGCAGGGAUCAAGAUUUUCAUUCAGGAACUUUUGGUGGCAUCCUCAAUGAGCCCAUGUCUGAUUUGAUGUCCCUUCUUGGCAGCCUGGUAGAUUCAUCAGGCCGUAUCCUGAUCCCUGGAAUCUACGAUAAUGUGGCUCCCCUUUCAGAAGAGGAAAAGAAGAUGUAUGAAGCUAUUGAUUUGAACCUAGAAGAAUAUCGAAAUAGUAGCCAAGUGGAAAAAUUCCUAUUUGACACUAAGGAGGAAAUCCUCAUGCACCUGUGGCGGUACCCAUCUCUUUCUAUCCAUGGGAUUGAGGGAGCAUUUGAUGAACCAGGAGAUAAAACAGUCAUACCUGCCCAAGUAAUAGGAAAAUUUUCAAUCCGCUUAGUGCCUCACAUGAAUAUUUCUGUCGUGGAGACAAAGGUGAAAAAGUACCUUGAGGAUAUAUUUUCUCAGCGCAAUAGUUCCAACAAAUUGAAAGUCACCAGGACAUUGGGAGUUCACCCAUGGAUUGCUAAUAUUCACGAUAUUCAGUAUGUGGCUGCAAGAAGAGCAAUCAAAACAGUGUUUGGAGUAGAUCCUGAUAUGAUACGAGAUGGAUCAACUAUUCCAAUUGCUAAAACAUUCCAGGAUAUUAUCCAAAAGAGUGUGAUGAUGCUACCACUAGGAGCUGUUGAUGAUGGAGAACACUCUCAGAAUGAGAAAAUAAACAGGUACAAUUAUAUAGAGGGAUCCAAACUGUUUGCAGCCUUUUUCCUGGAAGUGGCUAAGAUGCACUCAUAACUUACUCAAGCUUCCAACCCCAAGACUACUAAACUGCCAGACCCUACUGGACAAGGAUGUCAUCUAAAUACAGGAAAACUUUCCUCUCCAGCUAAGAGCUUGUUUAAAUCGCUUCAUUUAAAUUAUCUUGGGAAAUUUGGACAAAUAAUAAAACAUUCUGAAAGCAUAGAUGUUGAGAAUGUUUAAUGAUACUUGUCAUGUGGUCCUAAAGUCAAAACCACCUUCAGCAAUCUAAUUCUUAGCUCUCUAUCUUUCCGCUACAAAAACAAUGCCAGUUAAGUCCAUUUUAACCUUUUGAAUAGGUUGGGAACAGGGUAAUUACUUUAAUUAGUUUCUCAGUUUGCAAUCUGAUCAGUUCAGAAUUAGCCCUGAACCACUUAUGAUGCCUAACAAUCCUGCCUAACAAUUCUAUCCCUUUCCAGUCAGUCCUUACACAGCACUUACAAUCACCAAGAUUUCUUUUUAUAUUAUUAAUAAAAAUGCUGGUAUUCACCACUGACUAUACUGAUUUCCCUAUGGAUUCAUUUUCAGAAAAGUUACUAUAGCAUGGCAAAGUAUUAACCUCUUACCUCCAUUUCAUCUAUUUCUGCUACAUGAAAAGUUCUGAAUGUGAAAUGAUCAAUAUUAAUACCCCAACCACUUGAGAAUUCCUAUUGCAGUUUGAGUUUCUAGUUCAAUGCCUUCCUCCCCUCCCCACCAUACUGCUAUAUUAACUUCAAGCUUCAGGCUCUUCCACUAAGUCUGUCUAGAAGGGAGACUCAUACUGAGCAUUUGUGAAAAGUUGUAUUCCUGAUGUCAUGUCUAAAGCUAUAGAUAGGUUUACUGGGAAGCAGCAGAGUCCCCAUAGAAACCUUCUUGCCCCAUUGCAAAUUUUGCUGCUUUACUAUCCACAUCUAAAUUGCUAAAGGCUUUCAACAGCAUCAGUUUUAGAUUGAGAACUAAUCAACCCUGACAAUAGUAACACAUUUUGAAAUUAGAGCUUUCAGCUAGUGCUGCAUUCAUUAAUCAUUCUGGCUAACCAUCUAGUUUGGCUUGAUUGGAUUUGAUGGUGUAAACAGAAAGAAUGCAAUUAUUUUCACAGUUGAGUUUAUGUAAACAGAAAUCAAUUCAACCUUUAAAGUUACUGAAAUCAUGCUAAUGGAGAGGAAUUUAGAUUUGUCCCCCCAAAAUGCCCUCCUCAUAUUUUGUUUCUGUAGUGGUGACUUGCACAUAAUUAUUAUUUUUUGCCUGCACUAGAGCUUCACCCAAAUACUCAAAAGGAUUAAUGAUCUCACUGAUGUUAAAUUUUCUCCCCAAAUCCAUAUUGCAGUCCAACUAUUCCUGCCUCCCUAUCACACGCAGAGGCUUUUGUUCAUGUCCUCCCGUUAGUUUUUGUAAUAGAAGUCUACCUGACAUACUCAGUGCUUUCUCAAGUACUCCUGAUAACUUGAGGAUACCUUGUUUAUGUCUUGCAUGUACAUAAUUGUUUGCAUAUGGUCAUCCUCCAUUAGAACUUGAGCUCCUUGAAGGCAGGGACUAUUUUUGCUUUCUUUGUAUCUCCAGUGCUUAGUACAGUGCCUGGUACAUAGCAAAUGCUUAGCAAAUACUGUUGAUUUGACUUGAUGGAGCAUGUAGGUUUUAUAAGUUAUCCCUUAAGAAAGAGGAUUUCAUUCUUAAUUUUCCUCAUUUUCCACCCACCUCCCUACAAGUUCUACAGAAUCAUAAAAUCUCAGAGUUGGAAGGGACCGCUGAAGCUAUCUAGUCCCACCUGUACCUAAAGGAGAAUCCCCUCUACAGUACAUCCAGUGACUGGCUGGUGAGCCUUUGUUUAAAGAUGGUCUGUGAGGGAGAACCUCUUUCCUCAUUAGGCAGACUCACUUUUAGACUGCUCUGAUUAAGAAUAUGUUUCUUGACAUUAGAAUCUAAAUCUGCUCCACUGUCACAUCCAUCCAUUGCUUCUUGCUCUGCCCUCCAAAACCAAGAAAAGUCCGUCUAACUUCUCUUCUUCAUGCCAGUCUUUCAAAUACUUGAGAAGUUAUAUUUCCCUUAAGUCUAUUCUUCUCCAGGCUAAACAUGCUCAGUUCCUUAACUAAAACAGGUUCCAUCCAAUGAAAAAGGGAUGAGGAGAUAAGGACUGACCUUAACAUUGCUGAAUUAGUGUACUAAUUGUGUCACUAAUUAAUCCCUGAUUAGCAUGAAAGAGAGGUCAGAAGACAUUUUUCUCCACACCAUACACAUAGUGGCCUAUUACCAAACCAAAAAUCGGGCAUGUGGUCAUUUAAUAGACACUUCUAGUUCAAACUGAGCCUGUCCCAGAAUAUCUAUGACAUAUGGCCACAGAUCAUCAAUGAUCACUUAAAAUAUAUCUGUGGUGUUCUGUGCUAUAGGAAUCAUGGCAUCUUCUGCUUUAUAUAUAUAAACUCAUGGCAUUUGAGGACCUUCUUUGUAUAACUGAUUGGUGUUUAGGGUUCUCAAGGACUGAAAAAUGUGCAUACUACCAAAAAUACAAUGGAAAAUACACAUGCUAAAAACAUGACUGUUUACAGGUCAACAAAAGUUAUAUUUAUAAGCAAUGUUCUUUAAGGAGCAGAAUGAUUUUUACCCAGUUGGCACUUAAUAAAUGUCUAUUA